GAAAGCAGGACGUUAUUUUCCUCAAGGGUAAAUCCGUGAUUUCAAUUCUAUCCAACAAUGACGAUCCACGGAGACCGGGUAAUUCUCCAAUGAAAUAUCCAAAAGUACCCUUUUUCAUCUUUUCUCUCCACUUUAUAAUCCGUCUUCUCUCUUCAAUUUCCAUGCACUAAAGCUAAUUUUUUUUAUUUUAUAAAUCAUCAAUUUUCAUUACCCAAUUAACCAGUGUUCUACGAGAACAGAACCUGCUACAAACAGUAGUGUUCUGUUACAGAAACAUUCUACUUACAAGAGAAUUAAGAACAAGAAAUAUCCCGGUACUUACAAAGAGAAGAAUUAGCAUCAUCAUUUCGAUUUAUUUUCACUAAAGCUAAACUUUCUUUAUCUCUCUAUAUUCAUUUUGUUUUUAUUUAUUCUAUAUUAUUUGCAGAAACAGAUAAAUAAAAAACUGUAGAUUUUGAUUAUCUCCUUUUGUUUUGCCUCGGACGAAUCAUGACUCGGCGGUGCCCGCAUUGCGUCAACAACGGCCACAACCCCCGCACGUGUCCCACGGGCGGUGGAGUUAAGCUAUUCGGAGUCCGUCUGACGGACAGCUCGAUAAUAAAAAAGAGUGCUACUAUGGGAAACUUGUCGUCUGCGCACUACCAUAGCCCAUCAUCAGCCGCCGCUUCGCCUAAUCCGGACUCUUUUUUAUUGUAUCACGUCCGUCACCCGAACCACGAUCCCUGUUGCUACCUCUCUGAUGACCUCGCCGCACGCGUCUCAACCAAUCAUCGCGGAGAGAUAAAGAAAGGUAUCCCAUGGACCGAGGAGGAGCAUCGGCUGUUUCUAGUUGGCCUCCAGACAUUAGGGAAAGGGGACUGGCGAGGUAUAGCCCGGAUGUUUGUUAUGUCAAGGACGUCUACUCAGGUAGCAAGUCACGCCCAGAAGUAUUUCACCCGUCAAAAUAAUUUUACACCAAGAAAGAGACAUUCAAGCCUUUUUGACAUGGCUGCAAAUACGCCCGAAGAGCUUGAAGAACUAGUUGGUAUGUCUCAGCUUAGUAUUAGAGGAGCCGAGAAUGGUCACCGAGAGCCUUCACCACCAUCACUGAAACUGCACGGAGAACCAUCACGAGAAUCUCAUUUAAUGUAAAUGCACCACUAGGAGUCGGUGCUACUCAACCAGUUCUAAACUUAAAAAUGCAGGGAUGGUGGUUUUGUUAUCUUAUUUAGGUUGUUUCUUUUAACAUUGAUGAUAUUUUCUUUUCAAAUAGUAUUUAAUUCUAGUUUUUUUUU